GGGAGCGCGAGCCAGUGCUGCGAGCGCGCGCGCCCCGGCACCAUGCUGCGCUAUCCGUACCUCGUGUACGUGCUGCUCCUGCUGGCGAGAGUCUCGCGCGCGCGCACCUUUAACAUCACGCACCUCAUCGUGCCCGAGGUGGUCGCGCCCGGCGUCACCGACGUCGAGAUAGAGUGCCGCUAUGACGCCAACUUCACCCUCCUUAACUGGUUCAAAGGGCCCAACGAGUUCUUCCGCUACAAGCCGGGCGCCGCGCCCAGCACACGUUCCUUCCCUAUACUCGGCGUGGGCAGGGUCGAGCUGAUCGCCUGUGGACCCGCAACUUGCCGGCUGCGACUCGGCGCUCUAACAGAGGAGGCGACGGGCCUCUACAGAUGUGACAUAGAGAGGGACGUGCCUCCGUACAAAUUCGAGACGCGAACCGCCUACAUGGAGGUCCAUGGCCAUGAGCACAGAAGACCGCUGCUGGAGGGCCUUGCCGAGGAGUACGGCGACGAGGAUGAAAUCCAUGCGUACUGCCGCGGCGCACCUGACGCCGAGAUACGGUGGUACAUAAACGGCCACGAAAUUGAAGAAACGAGAGGGUCUUUGUCGUUGAAAAGACAAAGUUCGAGGUUGAUCUUUCAAGGUAUUCCGCCGAUGGUGACAGUGCAGUGUGCAGAGUUCAGGUACGGCAAGUUAUCGGGUUCCAAGGAAAUGAAGGCACGAUGGAGGGAUCCAACCAACAGUCAGAAGGACGAGCGGGCGCAGGAGCAAAGGAAUAGUUCACAAGUUCUCAGUAUACAUUUAGGAGUUAUUUUACUUUUGUGUUUUAUUUCACUUUAGAAAUCUGUGCUGUUGUGUUCAACUUUUAUAUUUAUAGGGAUUAGUAUGUAUAUUGUAGGAAGCCAAAGACAUGUUCCUGUAAGAGAAAUGUAUUUAUAUAUUUUUAAUAAAUGAAUGAGAU